AUGCUACCACCGGUCCCCUCCCUCGACCACUAUGGCAUUUCUGAAUACGGCUUCCUUCCCAAUACAUUCCCGCUCGAGAUUCUACCCGAUCCGUAUUACAGACGAUGGGAGGCAAUAGUGUCAAACCUACAAGCGUUGCUUCUCAGCAAAAGGUUGAGGCAUGUGGUUGAUGACCUGGAUAUUAUCACAGCCUCGAGGCUACGGUCCCCUGCGGAAUGGCGAAGAGCAUAUGUGCUCUUGUCUUUUAUAACGCACGCCUACAUUUGGGGAGGAGAUAAACCAGCAGAGCGAGUCCCUCCGUCACUCUCUAUACCUUUCAUAGAGGUAUGCCGCUACUUGGAGUUACCCACAGUGGCAACAUACGCAGGCGUAUGCCUCUGGAACUUCAAGCCAAUCUUCCCUGACGAGCCAAUUGAUACCCUUGACAAUCUUUCAACUCUUGCCACCUUUACCGGCUCACUCGACGAGUCAUGGUUUUACCUGGUAUCCGUCGCCAUCGAGGCUCGUGGUGGGCCUACAAUCCCGCUCAUGUUAGAAGCAAUUGAGGCCGCCCGUGCAAAUGACAGUCGUACAGUGACAGAAUGUCUUCACGCAUUUGCAGAAAGACUGGAUGAGCUAGGCACCUUGCUUACGAAAAUGUACGAGAAUUGCGACCCCCAUGUCUUCUACCACCGGAUCCGUCCUUUUCUCGCUGGUAGCAAGAACAUGGCCGAUGCGGGACUUCCCAAUGGCGUCGUUUUCGAUACUGGCGCUGGAAAUGAACCUUACCGUCAGUAUGGUGGCGGUAGUAACGCUCAAUCAUCCCUGAUCCAAUUCUUCGACAUUGUGCUUGGAGUCGAGCAUCGCCCAACUGGCACCCAGAAGUCAUCAGACUCCUCCACCGAAAGUGACACUGAAGGGCCCACCGCUCCACCUUCUCGCCACAACUUUAUCCAUGAGAUGCGAUCCUAUAUGCCUGGUCCUCACCGCCAAUUCCUGGAACAUGUCUCCUCUGUGGCCAAUAUUCGCGAAUAUGUCGAAGCCCAUAAAUCGAACCGAUCAUUGAGUAUUGCGUACGACGCUUGCUUGGCUAUGGUACGCGCGCUGCGGGACAAGCAUAUCCAGAUGGUGUCCCGCUACAUCAUUGUCAAGUCUCGCGAGUCGCGUUCACACUCUCGGUCGCUUUCCCCAAGAAAUGCGCCAAAUCAGCCUCAGCCACUCAAUCUUGCCAAUACGCAUAAAACCUCGAAGACUGAGAAACCCGGCAGCAAAAAGCUCAGGGGGACAGGCGGGACGUCACUCAUACCGUUCCUCAAGCAAGCGAGAGAUGAAACUGGUGAACCUGCCAUUGACGCUUGGGCGAGACGAAUCCUAAGUAAUGGGCCUGCCGAGAGCGGAAACAUGUCUCCUUUUGCUCCCUUGGGAAAACUAGGGGAGAAUGUGGAUGGCGAAAUGGAGAUUGUGGGUCUCGCAGGGGUAUGGAAGAUGGACGACACAUACGAGAACGGCCAGUCUUCCCUCCUUCUGAACCUACGAGGCACUCUACCUGUUUCUUUCCGGGGUACGACAUAUGCUUUUCCGAUCUCGGUAUGGGUACCUCAAGAGUACCCAAACGUGGGGCCCAUCGGAUUUGUCACGCCGACCAAAGAUAUGGCGGUCCGGCCUGGGCAAUACGUGAGUGGGGAAGGGAGGAUAUAUCAUCCGUAUCUGGCAGGGUGGAGAGAUGAUAGGUCCAAUCUAAAUGAAUUUUUCUCCAUUCUGCAAAACAUCUUUGCGCAGGAACCACCCGUCAUCGCGAAGCAAAAUUCGGCGUCACAGCAAAACGGUGCACCACCGCCAAUUCCGCCGUUGCCACCAGAGCUAGGAAGGUCAGAUAAUAGUGUCAGACAAUCCCAGUCUCCAGCAGGACACCAACGUCCGCCGCCACCGCCCAAACCAUUUGAUGCUCGUGGUCCGCCGAAUGCUCAAGUUAGCACCCCCACGCCACUCCCACCUCUUCCGUCUAGACCAGAACAGCAGUACAUUGGUCCCUAUCUAGCCCAACAGAAUGGGUACGCGAGAGCUCCACCUCCUAUGCCCCGGCAGGCGCCUCAAAGAGGCAGCAGCUUACAACAUGAUAACGAUGCACAUUCUGAACCGAACAGAGCUUCUCAUUACCCGAAUCAGCAGCCCUGGCUCGACAACGUCAGCCCCAUGAGGCCUGGCUCUCGGCAGAACACCUUCCCUUCCGAUCAGAUGAGCAUUAAUCAACCCCGAUACUCCCAGCAAGGACCACGGCCUUCACCCACUGGUCAGUAUCAAAAGGGAUAUCCUCCAGCAUACCAAGAUCGUGUUCAGCGACCUCCAUCUCAACCCAGCUACCAACAACCACCCCCACAGUCGUAUCAGGCUCAAAGGCACCCUCCUCAGCAACCUCCGCAAUCAUCAAAGCCUAAAGCGCCAGAAGAUCUGCUUACCUCUUCGUUCGAAACCGCACUCCCAGCACAACCAACAAAUGUUGCUCCACCUCCAAUUCCACCCAACCCGCAGAAAGACGCACUACUCUCGGCUUUCUCCGAGACUCUCACCCAACAGAUACACUCAAGUCAUACUUACAACCUUUCUGCACUGCCUCCCCUCCGUGCUCAACAAGCCGCACUGACGCAAACCUUGAACGCCAUCAACAGGGAAAUAUCGCAGCUGAAUGACCUCGAAGCGCUGCUUUCCUCGAAUGAAAAUAUUCUGCACCAGGCGAUGCGUGAUGCUGACAAGGUUCUCGAAGAUGCGAAGCGCAGAACGGUACCCAAUGUAGAUGAGGUACUUGUUGCGCCGACAGUCGUAGCUGGGCAGUUGUAUCAGAGUGUAGCUGAAGAGAAGGCAAUUGAAGAAAGUAGAGGCGUCUUGGGUAAAGCUUUGGACAAGGGGAGGAUAGGGGGCGGGGUGUGGGCGAAGCAAACAAGGAGCUUGGCCAGAGAAGAAUUUUUGAAGAAGGCGCUGAUCAAGAAGAUAUCCAGAGGUAUGGCCAUAUCUGACGAGGGAAUGUGGACCUGA